AUGCUCCCUCCGCCACAGCAAUCUCGGGUUGGAGGACUGCAAACGUCGUUGUCUCUGGUUCCUUUGGAUCCGCGCUUGUCUCCUGAGGAUCCUAGGUCGAAUUCUGAUAAUCUUCGAGAAUCUCCUACUGAAAGUGCUAGUUCUAGAGAAACCUGGCCUACUGCUGAUGCAAUUGCUGCGAAGAAGAUGGAGAAUGGAAAAGCAGCUAUUGAUUGUCCUGAUCAGUCAGUUAUUCGUCGUGUUUCGAGUGCGGACAGAAUUAGUCUUCAGGAUAUUGCUAGAGAAAGAGUGGAUGUAAUAUGUGAUAGAAUGCACCGUCUACCUGAUGAGUUUUUAGAUGAGCUGAAAAAUGGACUUCGAGCUAUCCUUGAGGGAGGGAAUGGCACGCAGCAUAGAGACGAGUUUUUCAUUUUGCAGAAGCUUGUUCAGAGUAGAUCUGAUUUAACAGCCCAGACAUUGAUUCGAGCACAUCGAGUGCAGCUUGAAAUUCUUGUUUCUAUAAAUACUGGAAUUCAGGGAUUUUUACAUCCUAGCAUCAGUCUGUCGCAGACAUCGCUGAUUGAGAUAUUUUUGUACAAGAGGUGCAGAAACAUAGCUUGCCAAAACCAGCUUCCAGCUGACGAGUGUUCUUGUGAUACAUGCACUAACAACAAUGGCUUCUGCAAUCUUUGCAUGUGUGUUAUCUGCAGCAAGUUUGACUUUGAAGUAAAUACUUGCCGUUGGAUUGGAUGUGAUUUGUGUUCUCAUUGGACUCACACUGAUUGUGCCAUUCGGGAGCAACUUAUCUGCAUGGGUCCUUCUGUUAAGAGUGGAUCAGGGUCAAGCGAAAUGGUUUUCAGGUGUCAAGCAUGCAGUAGGACUUCAGAACUAUUGGGCUGGGUUAAAGAUGUCUUCCAGCACUGUGCACCAUCAUGGGAUGGGGAUGCCUUGAUAAGGGAGCUUGAUUUUGUUAGUAGGAUCUUUCAUGGUAGCAAAGACCAACGCGGGAUGAAUCUCUUUUGGAAGUGUGAUGAUCUCAAGGAAAAACUGAAAAGUAGAAAAUUGGAUUCUAAAGCAGCAUGUAGGGCAAUAUUGAUGGUUUUCCAAGAGCUUGACCUGGACAACUCAAAGAGCCUGGAAAAUGCAGAAAGUGGAAGGCUGAUUGCUCCCCAGGAGGCAUGCAAUAGAAUUGCUGAAGUGGUGCAAGAGGCUAUACGAAAGAUGGAAUUUGUAGCGGAUGAGAAGAUGAGGAUGUUCAAGAAGGCUCGUUUAGCUGUUGAGGCUUGUGACCGUGAAUUAGCAGACAAAGCCAGAGAAGCAGGAGAUCUCAAGGUGGAGAGGCAAAAAAAGAAGUCACAGAUUGAAGAACUAGAGAGAAUUGUGAGGCUUAAAAAUGCAGAGGCUGAUAUGUUCCAAUUGAAGGCUAAUGAGGCCAAACGAGAGGCUGAGAGGCUCCAGAGAAUCGCCCUUGCCAAGUCUGAUAAAUCAGAAGAAGAAUAUACCAGCAACUAUUUGAAACAGAAGUUAAGUGAGGCUGAGGCUGAGAAGCAAUAUUUGUAUGAGAAAAUCAAAUUGCAGGAGAGUUCUCGCCUAUCACAGAGCAGUGGUGAUCCUUCUUCAAUGCUGAUGUAUUCCAAAAUCCAUGAUCUUCUAUAUAACGGUCCUCCCAAGGCAGACAGUCAAUCUAAUGACUGUCACCCUUUCCGUACAAACCCAUGA